GAGUUUUCGUGUUUCCUCAUUUGUUGUUUCUGGAACAAGGAAUUUCGGCUAAGUAACUACUACUACUGCAACUUUAGCAUAGAAAACGUAGGACAGAUGUAUGUUAUUUGACCCUGAUUUUGUGUCUUGACCUCUUUUGUGUAUCAAUUUUUUUGUCAGCGAACUAUAUUUUAGAACGUAAAUCCAUUGUGCUUUGUGUAAGUUUUAUGGGCGACUGCCACAAUGGCGUUGACUCGCGUACCAUCUCCUCCUCCUACACCGCAAUCCGAAGCUACACAAUCCGUUGCAGAAAGUUGGUGUUACACUCAAGUAAAGGUAAUAAAAUUUUCAUUUAUGUGGACAAUUAAUAAUUUCAGUUAUAGCCGAGAAGAAAUGGGAGAAGUGCUGAAAAGUUCUACGUUUUCAGCAGGUAGCAAUGAUAAGCUUAAAUGGUGCCUACGGGUUAACCCAAAAGGCUUAGAUGAAGAAAGUAAAGAUUACCUGUCACUUUAUUUAUUGCUAGUCUCCUGUAAUAAAACGGAAGUCAGAGCGAAAUUUAAAUUUUCAAUUUUAAAUGCACGCAAGGAAGAAACUAAGGCUAUGGAGAGUCAGAGAGCAUAUAGAUUCGUUCAAGGCAAAGAUUGGGGAUUCAAAAAAUUUAUACGAAGAGAUUUCCUACUUGACGAAGCAAAUGGACUGCUUCCAGAUGAUAAACUGACGUUAUACUGUGAAGUAAGUGUUGUUGCCGAUUCUAUAAACAUAUCUGGUCAAAACAGUGCUAUUCAGUUCAAAGUUCCCGAGUGUCAUUUGUCUGAAGAUUUUGGGCAACUUUUUGAAAGCCAAAAAUUUAGCGAUGUCAUUCUCAGUGUUAAUGGGCGUGAAUUUGCGGCACAUAAAGCAAUCUUAGCUGCUCGAUCUCCUGUAUUUUCUGCUAUGUUUGAGCAUGAAAUGGAAGAAAAAAAACAAAAUAGAGUAGAAAUAACAGACAUGGAUCAUGAAGUGUUGCGAGAAAUGCUUCAUUAUAUAUAUACUGGGAAGGUUUCAAAUAUUGAAAAUAUGCCAGAAGAUUUGUUGGCAGCUGCAGAUAAAUAUGCUCUUGAUCGUCUUAAAGUUAUGUGUGAAGAACAUAUCUGUUCAAAUUUGUCUGUCACAACUGCUGCUGAAGUUUUAAUUCUAGCUGAUAUGCAUAGUGCAGACCAGUUAAAAGCACAUGUAAUUGAUUUCAUCAAUAUGCAUGCUACAGACGUUAUGGAGACUGCAGGUUGGAGAACUAUGAUUCAAACACAUCCUCACCUUGUUGCUGAAGCAUUUCGUGCAUUGGCUACGCAACAAAUCCCACCGAUUGGCCCUCCAAGAAAAAGAGUGAAACCUUAAGUUGAAAAUAAGGGAACAAUCAUUUUUUCAUUCUGUUGUAGAGGUACUUUUUCUUUUCAUUGCAUUGUAACAAUGGUGAUUUUUUUUUUCUUUCGUGUCUUGAAAUCAAAUAAUUACCAAUUAAUGUUUGGAUGUACAACUUUUUCGUGUGUUUGUCACACUUGCUGAUCAGAAUUUAACAGUGUGAAAUUUAGAAUGAUUCUCAUUUUUUUCUGUUUAAGUGAUUGCUUUGUGUAUAGUUUUAUCAGUUUGCUUUUGUAGCUGUGCUAAAUGUCCUCCUCCUGCUAUAUAUAUAUAUAUAUAUAUAUAUAAGAAAAGCUUCUGAAAGAAUUAGGGGAAAUGGUACUGGAAAGCUUAAGAAUUUUUUUUCAAUUUUAUUUUUUGUUUUAUAUGAUUUAUAUGUAUUAUAACUGCACUUUUUGAAUGAGUUUAUUGUGCCUUGUGAAAUAUGCUAUGCGGCUUGUAAAAUAUUAACAUACAAGUAUUGAAAAAAUAAAAAUGCAUUUACAAUAGGAUAAAUAUGAUAUAUGUAUUGAAAUAACUGUACAUGAGAUGAAGUACAAAAUUACUUAUUUCUUUCAUUUUAUAUCUGUUUAUAUGUAAACAAAGUGAAUGCUUUUGAUGAGAAAAAUUUCGGAACUAUUCUUGUAAAGGCUUUGACUAGCAUUAUCAGUUAACACAACUGUUUAUUUUCCAGAUAUUAAAUAUUUGAUGCAUUGUUUUGUGUAAUAUAGCAAUUAUUGUUUUAAUUUUGAAAAUAUUUUUAUCGUAUUGAUGUCAAUUUAUGAUCAAAAUAUAAAUUUGUCUCUUUUUAUUGUAGAUGUAGCUGCUGUUAAGAGCAGAUUUUUAUUACUGCAUAGUUUUAUUUGAAUGUUGUUCACUUCAUUAAUUACCAUAAUAGUCUAAAGUUUAUGAAUCAUGCAUGAAGCUGUCAAAAUAUGUUACUUAAAACUAAUUAUUAAGUAGUUGCUGUUCUUAACAUAUAUACUAUUACCCAAGACUUUUUUAAUUAUAUGAAGUAUUAUAUGUUUUUGUCUUGUAUAAAGUUCUUUAUAUAUAUAGUGUGUAUGUUAUGUUAAAUUUCUGCGGUUUGUUUUAUGAUUUUCAAGAGAGUAUGUAUUAGAUUGCACGUUAAUUUAAUUGCAUGUGGUAAUGGAUAAUGGUAAGGAAUUUCCAAACAUUUGUUGCAAGUAUAUCAGUGUAAAUAAUCAUUAUGCCAGUAUUGGUGUUAUAUUUCACUUAUUUUUUGAACUUAACUUUAAGUCAUCAUACUAUGGUUAUUGUAUCCUAUUGCACUUAUUGAUAUAUGUUGAAGCAUAAAAAUUUGGUAAAAUAAAAUCAAAAAAAGCUCUUUUUUUUUUUUUUUUUUUUUCCCCCUCUCCUCUUUUUUGUGAAAAGUCUUGUACCAUUAUUGAUCUUAAUUUUCCUAUUUUUAUGUAAUACUUCAGUGUUCUAUUUUCAUAUAUGUAAAGAACCUGUUUUCUCUUAAAAUAAUUGUAUUUCUGCAUAUUGAAAGACAAUAAAUUUCAUUUAAAUUUUUAAUUCAAAUAAAAUAGGCUUGGUGUUUGUUUUGUAA